CGUAGAACCGAAUGCGGCUUGUUGCUACCUGAAUCUGGAAAGCGCCUGGUAUGCACUGCGCAUGCGUAGUUCUUUAUGUCAACAAGCAGCAGGCUCAGAUUUUCUAGUGACAUGAUAAACCAAAGACAGCGAGGGUCUGUGGAAAAGAUGUUAUAGUUAGUUGGGCCCCUGGCUACAAAAAACUUGUGAACCUCUUCUACUGAGAACCAACAUGCAUAAUACAGUGUGUUGAAAUCUGCUAACACUCUUCUCUAGGAGUCUUGCUGUACAAAGCAGUACAGAAUUAGCACUGUGUGUUUGGGGCUUAGGAGUUUAACAUCACCUCUUAAUAAGGUUUAAGUCCAAGUGCAACACUAAUUAUCGGAGGAUGUCUAUUGAAUUAGACGUGUUUGUGGGCAACACCACCAUCAUCGAUGAAGAGGUGUACCAGCUGUGGUUGUGUGGAUAUUCAGUUAGUGAUGCGGUGAGGAUGCGGCUAGAGAGUGGUGUUUUCCGUGAGAGUGAUGUUAGCGGAGAGGUCCUGCACAGUGACACCAUGGACCAAUAUAGAACCUUUCAGAUGUGCGAACGGCUUUUGCACUGCCCCUCAAAGUUAGCUAAUCAGCUCCUCUUUCAGAUUCCUACCCAGCGGCAAGCUAUGCUCAUAGGAAGGUAUUAUGAGUUUGACCAUAUGUUUGCCAGAGAGGUUUUAGGAAAGAAGCUUUCUAAAGGGACCAAGAAGGACCUGGAUGAUAUCAGCUCUAAGACAGGCAUCGCUUUAAAGAGCUGCCGUCGUCAGUUUGACAAUUUCAAGCGUGUGUUCAAAGUGGUGGAGGAACUGAAAGGCCCCCUGGUGGAGAACGUGCAGCAUCACUUCCUUCUGUCCGAUUCACUGGCCAGGGACUACGCUGCUGUCGUAUUCUUUGCUAACAGCCGCUUUGAGACAAGCAAGAGAAAACUGCAGUAUCUGUCUUUUCAGGAUUUUGCCUUCUGCGCAGGCCAGCUCAUCAGCUAUUGGACUGUGGGGGCUAUUGAUGACAUGAAGGAGGACAUGGAUAUAGAUCUGGAGAAAGAGUUUUUGCAUGAUCUAAAAGAGCUAAAGGUUCUGGUUUAUGAUAAAGACUUUCUGGAUCAACACAAAAGCCUUGUUUGCUUCCAACUUAAAGGAAAAAUCAAGGUCUUCACUGAGAUGGAGGCUAAUUUUAAGAAUCUGUCACGAGCGCUGAUCAACAUCGCAUCCAAACUCACAAACACCAAAGACAUGCGGGAUUUGUUCAUCGACCUUGUAGAAAAGUUCAUUGAACCCUGUCGAUCAGAUAAAUGGUCCGUUGGAGAUCUCAGGCUUUUCCUCACUCACUACACCAGCACUGUUCACACACUUGAUGCAUUCAGGUAUCAAGUGCUAUGGGAGAGGUAUAUGGGUGUCAUCAAAAGCUGCAUCCUGAAAAUAUACCAUGAUUAAAAUGGUGAUCAGGACCUCCAAUUGUCAUUGUCACGUUCACAAAUUUCUUUGUAUUAGUUUAGAUGUUUGCACAAACAGAUCGCACUCUUUAUAAACACCUAGUGCAAAAAAUUUGCAUUUGAUACUGUAAUGCAUAUUAAGUAAAAUAUAUUACACAAGGACAUCUCAUAACAUUUUCGUCCUUUUUCCCUACAAUCUACUGUGUGCUUACUGCGGUAGAUACAGCAUAAAAGUCCUCUGAAUGGGAAGUGGGGGAACUGUAAUGUUUUCUCACAGUAAAAAAAAACUACCAGUAUACAAGUAUUUGCCUGAAGGUGUAACACAGCAGCAGGGGGCUUUAUUUACCCCAGCAGCUUUGGAGACAGCAGAUGGGAGUUUGGGUGUGUGAGACUUUUACUGCCUUGUAAAAAUCUGUGAACUGUGACAGCAGUCACCUCAAUAACCCUCACAAAUAAUCAUAAAAAAUCCUCAGAACCAGAGCAGUAAUAUAACCUCUGUAUGACAAGGCUCACUUAAACUGAGCUGUGUUCAGAGUAUAAUAUUUGCAGUGCCUCAGAAUCUUCAGUCACCUAAAGUACCUUUUUGUAUUGUAAAAGACACCAGAAGCUUACCAGAAAGCUUGAACUACCAUUGUCUCACUGUUCCAUUUUAUGGAUUUUGGUAUCUGGUUAAUUUAAUACAGGAACCAGCUUGAUACUCUGGUGUUGUGAUUGGCAGUGUACAAUACCACAAUUGGUUAAACUUAUCAUAUCACACAACAAAAGACACCACUAAUGACCCCGGCUCUGGCGGUAGAAUACGAUGAUUCUGGGAAAAAGUAAGGCUAACGGGAACAGUUCAACUGUAUGCUCACUUAGGUGAUAUGCAGUCCUCUCUGAAAGUAUGGAGACAGCGAGGCCUAUUAUUUUUUACCGCUGUACUAUAGAUAGGUUGGUUUGAGAUCCAAAAAAUGUGACAAUAGAUAAGAAUUUCAGUUUUCAUUUUCUGAUACUUACAUCUAGAUGUGUUGAAAAACUUAGAGCAUGUCACCUUUUGUUGAGCCUGGCCUUAUAAACCCACCCACCAUUCAAAUAAACAAAAAUAUCAGACAGGUGAUUCUUGUUGCCCAGUGGUAUCCUGAUAGGUUGACUAUUUAAACAAUUAAUAUCUCUGAAUGUCUACUUUAAGUUUGGACCCUGGGUUUGUCUGUGAGGACUACAUUUUAUGUUUUUAAAGGGAUACACUUACAUGAAGACCAGAGAUCUGGGAAAAUAUAUCAGUGCCAUUGCACAAGUAUUGGGUUAGCCAAUAUAACUGUUUGAAAUAUCCCCAAAAUGGAACAAUCCACUGGUGUACUAACAGUCUGACAUCAAACAGGUCAGCCAAGGAAAACAACAGCAGAUGACAGAAAUAUUGUGAGAGCUAUGAAGAAAAAUCCAAAAGCAACACUCAGUGACAUUACCAACAACCUCUACAGGGCAGAGGUGAAGAUAUCACAAUCCACCAAUCGAAGCAGAAAUUUAGAGGCCAUACCACAACAUGCAAUCCACUCCUGAGCAGUAAAAUCAAACUAAACUAAUAUAUAGAGUUGAGCCACAAAAAUUCUGGAACUAAGAUUAACCUCACCAAAAUGACAAAAAAGCAAAAAUGUGGAGAAAGAAAGGAUAUGGUCAUGAUUCAAAACAUAAAGGCUCACAGGUCCAGCAUUGUGGAGGGUGUUCAUGGCUUGAGCUUGCAUGGUUGCUUCUGGAAAUGGAUUAUUAAUCUUUAUUGAUGAUGUAACAUGAUGUUAGGAGCAGAAUGAAUACAGAAACAUUCUGUCUGCCAAUUUAAUGAGAAAUCCACCUGAUUUAAUUGGAAAGAACUUCAUCAUACAGCAAGACAAUGAUCCAAAACCCACUUCCAACAUAACACCAGACUUUGUUUACUAUCAGGGGAAAUAAAUAGAAGAUUUUAGGCUGGCCAAUUCAAUCACCGAAUAUAACCCAAUCAAGAAUGUAUUUCAUUUCCUGAAGAGAAUACAGGAAGUAGAAACCAACUGAAACAAACAAUGACUGAUAGAAGCUACAAAUACAAGCCUGGAAGAGUAUCACAGAAGAAGAACAGUUUGGUGACGUCAGUGGGUUGAAUUUAUAAAAAGUACAAUGUUAAUUCAAACACAUGGUAAUGACGUUGCAGUUGCUUUUACUAUUGUACUGUACUGUGAUUGUUCCGAAACUUCACUCACAUCGGUAGAAACAAACUUGAACUAGAAACUGCAGUGACAUUAGUUCCAGUUUUGUGCAUGUUUCCUGUUUUUGAAUGUGCACUGGAAAAACGUGACCGUGAUCACAAUGGUUUAAACACACCCCAGUGAAACGAUGAUGCAGUUGGGAGAAAAUAAACCAGGACCCCUUGGCUCUCAUUUCGGGUCUUGUGCCUGAAUGUGCAGGGGAAAAACACACUAACUGUUCAUAAAUCUUAGGCUGAUUAAGAAAUACAACAUGUUUCUGGCAGUCAGUGGACUGUUUUCUGGACUAUGUUUCUCUUGUGACCCUCAUUAAUUUGUGUCGACGUUGCUCAGGCCUCCUUUCAGCCAGGAAAUCUCCAGCUGAGGAACCUGGGGGCAAGGGAAUAGUUACUGAAGCUUCAUACUGUAUGGAUUGAGAAACCAUCACAAUAGAUCCAAAUGCAGCUAAAAAUCACUGCUUUUAGUAACUCUGAUUUUUAUAGUUUGUUUCAGAGGAUCUGACUGACAGAGCCCAGGUGCAUUGUUCUCAUCACACUGGCAGGAGACAAGCAACGACACAUGUUGCUUGUGUUUCUUACUGCUUGAGAGAUGAAUUUGGAA